UUGAUCGAGCACCUAUUGACGUAGAAAAAGAGGAGGCGGCCAAAAUAGAGACGAAUAACAAAUCCAAAUCCGCCUCCCCUAACAACCUACAAAGCCAAAAGUACAAGCCACCCUCCAAAUUCUGAGAGAGAGGAUACGGGAAUGAGAGAGACAUGGUAGCGGCAGCGGAGGUUGGCGCGACCACAGUGGCAACACGUCCGACUCCGGCAACCCAAGAAGCCUCUCCGCUGCCGAGGAGAAGCAGUGCAUCCGUCCCCGGGCAUGGUUCUGCGGUUUGAAGGAAGAAAGGAUCGGAAAAGGCAAUUAGGAUUCGUUUGGCCCGUUCAUAUGAUCCUGUAAAAAAAGGCUGUUUUUUGGCUGUGAGUAUCCCUUCAUUGCUAUUUAUUCUGGGAUUUUGGAGGCUGUAAAAUUCGAUCUUGGCGCUGGUCUUUGCGUGUUUUGAGGGUUUCCUGUGACAAGCAGAGGAUCGGAGGGGAAAAAGAGUGUCUUUUUAAUCUUCCGGUGGUUUUUGGGUUCUGAGAUUGCUGGAGAAUGGAGAUGGGAAGGUUGACGGUUUACGGUGUGCUCUGCAUGUUUGGGUGAAGACAGGGGGGAAAAAGCUUCUCUUCCUUUCUUCUGCGUUUGCUGAUCCGUCUGAGAUAUCACUUGCUGCCGCUUCCAAGUUUGUCAAUCUCGGGCUUAGAAUUAUUCGGCGAGUCAGGGGGCAUCUCGUGGAAACCGAGGAAGCACGGCAAUCACAAGGGCUUCUUUUGGGGCUGUUCCUGCCUGCCCUUUUUAUUCCUGAAGGCUCAAAGAUUGGAUUUUGAGUGAUCUCUGAUACCAAAGCUUCAUUCGCUGGGUUUUGGAGUGGCGAGACGGACGGAGCAAUUCAGAUGAUUUUUUUUAGGGGAAGAUGAUUCAGAUGAUUUAACAGGGCAUUAUUUGUGAGCUGUUGUAAGCUUGUUUAAAGCAGUCCCUAGAAGGAAAGUUAUCUGACCAUGUUCUCAUCUAUCAUGGCAAAGAAGAGUUACAAACAGCGGAGCAAGUCUGUAAAAGUCCAUGUGGGCUGUAUGUCUGGGUUGAUUCACAUGCUUGAUUUCCGUCGGAGUCCAAAACUUCUUUCAGAUGGGAGAGUCAAAAGUGAUCCAAAAGGUUCUAAAGAUAUCCAUGGAAACAUAUCUGCUGAUAAUGCCAAAGACCGUAGGGCUGAAUUAUUUUAUGCUGGUAGGGCAAGUAUUAAAGCGUUAAUGGAAGAAGAGAUGGCCAGCAGCGCACAGCCCUUGAAGGAAGCACAAAGAAAUGUAACUGGGAUAUGUUCUGAAGAUAUAGAUUUAAACUUGGCUGCGCGUCUCAUGGAAAUUUACAGAAAUCGUAGUGAAGGCAAAGAAAUCAGCAAUUCAGUUGAACUAGGUCAUAUUUCCAUUCCGACUGACAAAGAGAACAAUACUGAUCCUCCUGCUCAUCUCAAUCAGGUCCCCUCUAGUAUUCAGAGAGCACUAGAAGACGUUGCUGAAGCAGUAAUAAGACAUCAAUCUGCAAACACAAAAUACAUGACCAGCAGUGAUGAAGCUAGGUCCAAAGACUUUGUUGAUGCACUACAGCUCUUGAGCUCAAACAACGAAUUGUUUCUGAUGCUUAUGCAAGACCCUAGCUCUAGGUUGUUAGAAUGUCUCCAAAACCUUUACAUGUCACUAGAAAGUACCAAGUUAGAAUGUGAAGAAUAUGAUGAAGAAACUGAGUUGCAAGGUAUGACAAAUAGUGUAGAGCAGUCUGUGAAUUCUCCAUGUAAGGUGCAAAGAAGGCAUAAUUCUUUCUUGAAGGAGGAUAAGUUAGUCAUGAGGAAACCACCAAAUUUAAAUGAUAGUCCUCGUGGUCUUAGCAGAAUAGUAAUCUUGAAGCCAAGUCCUGCACAAAGUCACAGCAGUCUUAUCUCAAGUAGUGCAACUUCAUCACCACUAUCAAAUCAUACUAAUUUUCAAGGUCAGGAAGCCAGUGAUAAAUCUGAUAACCAUUUCUCCCUCAGAGAGCUUAAAAGGAGGCUAAGGCUUGCCGUUAGCGACAAUCAGAAGGAUCACCAGCUGAACUCCAUUAGUCGUACUUUCCAUAAAGCUGAAGCUGAUUCUAGCGAACAGCUUCCAGCCACAAGUAUGUCGGUGAGUUUGGCAAGUACAGAUUCUUCUGACAGCAAUGGAACUGAGGAACCAUCUAUAGUUGACAAGAAAACAAUCCCGGAAGAUAGUGGAAGUGGCAUGAGAAAUGAUGCCACUCAUGGUGUCGGAUCUUUCUCCUAUGAAAAAGAUAAUAUGUACCUAAUUGAGAGACUGAAUGAUCAAGGGGAAGACAGUUCUAAGAUUGUACAUAAGUCUGAAUCUUUUGAGAGAUUAAUUUCAUCGCCAGAGAAUGAUACGUUUUCUCCAGGUCAUUGCUCCGAAGAGGAGAAUGUUAUCCUAUCUCAUGAAGCUACAAAUCCAUUGGACUUGCAUACAGUUGAGCAAGAGGAUAGUUCAGCAAGUCCUAACAAAACAAGGUUGUACCAGGAGACAGCAUCAGCCGGCAUCAGUAACUUAGAUAACGAAACGUUGGAUGAGCUCAAGAUAGAUCAUGGAAAACAUUCACUAGAUGAGGGCACUAUCUCCCAGGAAUUAAGCAAUGAAGGGGUUAAGAUCAUGCAAGAUACAGUGGAGAACCUACCGCUCUGCAUUGAGGUUGAAAUUUCGCGUGGAAGCGUGGGAGAAGAAGUUCCAGAUCAAUGUUCCUCGGAGGAGCCGCAAUCCAUGAAUGUGUUACCAGAAGUGGCCCUGCAUUCUCCUGAUGAGCCCGUUAGUGUACAAGUGAAUAAUAGUCCAACAGAAGUUGAAUUAGUCAAGCCAUCUGUAUUGACAUUUCCUGAGUCCCCAGAGAAUACUAAUGACAGAGAGGAGAGAUCGAGUCCACAAUCUGUUCUUGAUUCUGUCGUAGGAGAUAGUAUUAGUCCCAGGCACAAAACUCGAAAUCAAGAUGAGUUAUUCAAGCCUACUUCAAGAGCUCUGUUCAAAGAGCUUGACACUCCUUCAGCAUCCCCAACUUUGUUGAAUGGGCCACAAGUAGCCAUUUUGGAUGACAAAGACGCAAGGGUUUCCUUCAUCAAGGCUGUGCUAGAAGCGUCAAAAUUGUUGUCUGAUAAAAAUUCACUGAGAUGGUACACGGAAGAGUCACUGCUUGAAAUAUCUGUAUUGGCUGAAGUAGGAAAUUUGUACUGCCUGACAGACGAUGCAGUGCUUCUUUUUGAUUGUGUGGAAGAAGUUCUUCUCAAGAUAAGGGAGAAGUUCUUUGGCGUAGACCCUAGGAUUGCUUUUCUGAAACACAAUGUGAGACCAGCUCCAGUAGAAAGAAAUCUCGUUCAAGAGGUGGCUAAGUGCACCGAUGCUCUUGUCAGUAAUGAGUUUCCAAAUACUUUAGAUCAGGUGAUACUGAAAGACUUGGAAAGUGGGUCGUGGAUGGAUCUUCGACGCGAUGCUGAAAGCGUUGUAAUUGAGUUGUGGGAUGGUUUGCUUGAUGACUUACUGGAGGAAAUGGUUUUUGAUUUGUGGCUUUAAGACUAGUGCUUUGUACUCAUCCAUGGAGCCAUGUUCGAUAAGGACUGAACAGGGGUUAAUAGAUACAGCAACCUUUUGUGAAAGGAUAGAUAAAAAUGAGUUUGGCAGAUUUCAGAAAAUUAUAGAGCUAGACAGUUCGUGAAGACAGUUGAUUUCCAUUUUCCUUAUGACUUUAAUCAUAACCCUGAAUGACUGGCUCCUGACACCAGAAUUGUUCCUUUUAUUUCUUUGCACUCCUUUUUCCACCUUUUGCUCUGUAGAGGUUCGGAAACAGGAAGAUAAGUGCAGUUGUAUAUAAAGUGCCCCUUUUAUCUUUGAACUGAUAAUUUCACUUGCUUUCAUUGUGAGCAGAAUACCCCCCC